AUGUUGCAAGUCCCCAGCAUGCAGGACUCUGGCUCCAACCGGUCCUCAACCUCUGCCCAAGAGCGGCCUUCCUCUGCGAGCCAAGCUCCACCCCCGACUUCUCAGGCCACAAAGCCCUCAUCCAUGACCCUGCCUGCCAAGUCUAAAACCUCCAGUUUCCGUCGCAUGCGCCGGAUCAUUGCUGAGGACCCUGAGUGGUCACUGGCUAUCGUGCCCCUCCUCACAGAGCUCUGCAUUCAGCACAUCGUCCAGAACUUUCACAACAACCCCAUCCUGAAGCAACUGCUCCCAGAGCACCAGCAAAAGGUCCUGAACCACCUGGCACCCGACCUGCCACUGACCGUGACCGCUAACCUCAUCGACCACGAGAGCUACUGGCAGCGCUGUUGCAUGCAACGAUGGCCAGUGUGCCAUGUGGCCGAGCACGGUGGUAGCUGGAAGCGCAUGUUCUUUGAACGGCACCUGGAGAACCUGCUCAGGCACUUCAUCCCGGGCACCACGGACCCGGCUGUGAUCCUCGACCUGCUGCCGCUCUGCAGGAACUACGUGCGCAGGAUCCGAGUGGACCAGUUCCUCCCCCCAGUGCGGCUCCCACCCCCGCCCCACGCCGGGGACCAUUCGGACUCGGGCAGUGAGGGAGAGCUGGAAGAGCCCAUCAUGGAUCACUACCAGCUGGGAAACCUGGUGGCUGGCCUGAGCCACUUGGAGGAGUUGGACCUGGUGUAUGGAGUCAAAGACUGUGGCAUGAACUUCGAGUGGAACCUCUUCCUCUUCACCUACCAUGACUGCCACUCCUUGGCAGCCACCAUUAAGGCAUGCCACACCCUCAAGGUCUUCAGGCUAACCCGCAGCAAAGUGGACGAUGACAAGGCACGCAUCCUGAUUCGAAGCUUGCUGGAUCACCCAGCCCUUGAGGAGCUAGACCUGUCCCACAACCUCAUUGGGGACCGUGGUGCCCGUGGGGCCGCCAAGCUACUGUUGCACAGCCGCCUGCGUGUGCUCAACCUGGCCAAUAAUCAGAUCCGUGGGCCUGGUGCGCAGUCACUGGCUCACGCCCUGGCAUACAACACUAACCUCAUCUCCCUCAACCUGCGCCUCAACUGCAUCGAGGACGAGGGUGGCCAGGCAAUUGCCCAUGCCCUGCAGACCAACAAGUGCCUCACCACACUACACCUCGGGGGCAAUGAGCUGUCUGAGCCCACAGCCACAAUCCUGUCCCAAGUGUUCACUGUCAAUACCACGCUCACCAGCAUCAAUCUGUCCUGCAACCACAUUGGACAGGAUGGCGGCAAGCAGCUCCUGGAAGGCAUCCUGGACAACAAGACCCUCCUGGAGUUCGACCUGCGCCUGUCAGAUAUAGCCCAGGAGAGCGAGUACCUCAUUGGCCAGGCCCUCUGUGCCAACCGAGAAGCUGCCCGCCAGCGCACCUUGAAUUCCAACCACCUCAUGUCUUCCAUCACUGCCAAGAACCUGUACAACUCCGUAGGAUAA